UUGUUUGUUGGUUUCUAUCUAUCUAUCUAUCUAUCUAUCUAUCACUCACCGUUAAUAUCUAUCUCAGUUCAAUCUAUCUAUCCUAUGACAAGUCUUUCUCAUUCCUUUCAUAUGAGUUCAUUGUCUAUCUAUCUAUCUAUCUAUCUAUCUAUCUAUCUAUCUAUCUAUCUUUUCAUUAUUUAUCUAUUCCAGUUUGUUCAUUAUCUAUCUAUCUAUCUAUCUAUCUAUCUAUCUAUCUAUCUAUCUAUCUAUCUAUCUAGGUUCAUGAUCUAUUUUGUUCUUAUCUAUCUAUCUAUCUAUCUAUCUAUCUAUCUAUCUAUCUAUCUAUCUAUCUAUCUAUCUAUGUUAGUGAGUGCAUUAUCUAUCUAUCUAUCUAUCUAUCUAUAUCUAUCUAUCUAUCUAUCUAUCUAUGUUAGUGAGUGCACUAUCUAUCUAUCUAUCUAUCUAUCUAUCUAUCCUUUCAUGCGAUCAACAGUCUUGACCCAGAGUCAUAGGAAUAUAGAAAAUAUCUCUGUUGGUGAUCAGGCUCAAGUUUUUCAUAUCUAUUUCAAUCUCUUUCUCUCUAUCUGUAUUUUACUCAUUCUGUUUGCAAAGUCUUUCUUCAUAUCUAUCUAUCUAUCUAUCUAUCUAUCUAUCUAUCUAUCUAUCUAUCUAUCUAUCUAUCUAUGUUUGCUUAGAUCUAUGUGUCUAUCACUCUUUCUGAGGUUGUUCCUAUCGCUCUCUCUAUUUAUCUAUGUCAGUUGUUCAUAUCCAUUUCAAUCUCUUUCCCCCCUCUCUCUCUCUCUCUCUCUAUUUUACUCAUUCUGUUUGCAAAGUCUUUCUUCAUAUAUACCGAGAUAUUUAACAGAGUUUUUUUUCUCAUAUCUAUUUAUAUCUCUUUUCGUUUUCUAUGUGUCUGUUUUUCUUCAUUCAAAUGACUAUUUCUCUCUCUCUAUCUAUCUAUCUAUCUAUCUAUCUAUCUAUCUAUCUAUCUCUGCUCAGAUCUAUGUAUCUAUCUCUCUUUCUGUCUGCCAUUCCCUUUUGUUCUGUCUGUUUAUAGAGUUUUUUCUUCAUUCGUAUCUGUCUAUCUAA